AAUUAUUAUAUAGCUAUAGUUGAAGACAUGGAUGUUAGAAUGUUGAUAAAUGUAAUCAAAUGUAGUGGAGGAAGGGCUGUGAAAGUGUUUGUGGUGGUUGAUGAAGUUGAGGAGGUUAAUGGGGGUGGUGAAAUUGGAAACCAGCUUGUUGGUAAUUUAUGCAGUUAUAAAGGGAGCAACAAUCCGAUAGGUACUUUCAAUACUCCUAGUGUACCUCAGUUUCACAGUGUUGCUGAAAAUGUUAAUGUUAUUUAUUCACCUGUUCACUAUGUGGAUCCUGAGAAUUACAAGCAUGUUGGUGAUGAUGAUGUUGGUACUUAUCUUGAUGAUGUGGGUGGUCGUUGUGAUGAUGUUGCCGAACAAGAAGUUAAAGUUAUAAGUAGGCGUGUGGUAGAUAAAACUAAAAAGAAAAAAAAUUCAAGUCAAAAAAAUGAAAAAAAUCAUGUUUGCGGGCAUUAUGUUGAUGUUGGUGAUGUAUGUUUAGAUAUAACCGAGCUACAAAGCAAUUCCGAUAGAGAUGAGUUGGGUGAUGAAGUUAAAGCUAAGUUUCCCGAUAACCUUUUUCACGGUAUGCCCCCUGUACCAGCAUGGCCAGUUGAUAUUAAUGAAGAUAUCCCAACACAGAUGGUAGACAUGAAUCUUCAAAAGAUUCAAUGUGAGAGUAUAUUUAAGAACAAAGAACUUUUAAAGCGGUGUAUUGGUAAAAAAUGUCUUCGAGAAGGUUUCCAGACGAGGACAAGUAGAUCCACCAAAUCAAGGCAUGGCGUGCGAAGCAAUAUGCAUUGUUGUCGUUAAGGGGUACGAAAGAGGAUUCUUUUACCAAACUUCCGGCGUAUUGUCACAACUUGGCCAAACAUA